UUAGUUUUACUGCCUGUCAUUGGUCAUUGAUCUGUUGGAUGUCUUCACGGUGUGUUUGUUUAUGUUUGUUUACAGUUGCGAGCAUUACUGCAAACUUUACGAGGAGUUAGACACUGUGCAACAUCCACUACAAUGGCUAAAGAAGGUUCAGAGUUCUCGGUCCCGGUGCCAUGGGGACGGAUAACGGGUAGAGUCUGGGGUCCUGAUCACGGUCGUCCUCUGAUGUGCCUGCACGGCUGGGCGGACAACUGUGGCUCCUUCAGCACCCUUAUUCCACUUCUACCCAAAGAGUGCAGAUAUGUGGCGGUGGACUUGGCAGGUCACGGUCUGUCAUCACACCGUCCUCCAGGAGGUUUCUACUCUUGCCUCGAGUACGUGGCGGACGUACGCAGAGUCGCUGAUGCUCUGCAGCUGAGCAAAUUCUCCAUCAUAGGCCACAGUAUGGGUGGUGACAUUGCUGCAAUAUACAGCGCGCUGUACCCGGAGAUGGUGGAUGGUCUCGUGCUUCUGGACUCUUUGGGAUUCCUGCCUACAGAUUCAAAAGAUCUUUGCCAAAUGACGAGGAAGGGGUUGGACGGGGUGCUUCAGUUUGAAAAGAAGACCGAACAGAAGAGAGUUUACACUUAUGAGAAGGCGGCUGAGAGGCUGAUGGCUGCAAACCCGACUCUGUCUGAACAGUCGGUGCACAUCCUUUUAGAGCGAGGUCUAGUUCAAGUAGAAGGAGGAUUUGUGUUCUCCAGAGACCUGCGAGUUAAUUUUAAAAACAUGUUGCUGCUCAGUUUGGAGCAGAGUCUGGAGAUGCAGUUGAGGGUUCAAUCCUCUAUUCUGGUUGUUCUAGCAGAACGAGGCUACAAGAGAAUAUAUGUUGAACCAGCUCAAAGAAAAUUCACUUCAGCACUUCUCCAGUGCUUCCAGGAGAGAAACCACACGGUGGUGACGGUACCAGGCCAUCAUCACGUUCAUCUGAAUAAUCCUGAAGUCGUCGCUCCAUUUGUGUCUGACUUUCUGCGAACCAAAGUGUUGUCCCAGUCAAACAACGGAAAGCACAAGUUAUAAGCUACGAACACACUCGCACUGUCACACUGAAGUCAUAUUGUGCUGUUUAUAGGAGCAAACUGUAUGUUCACAUUAACAAUAUUAGUAAAGGUCCUUACAACUUUAUUGACAAAUCAGAACAUCGGAGGCGACGGACACACUUCUGCUCAUACAUAGCAUCUUAAGCCUUAACUGUAACGCCCGGGUCACACAGGAUGCGUGAGCGGCGCAGUGAAAAUGAUCUUUUGAUCGUUUAACAUCAUACCAGCGAUAUUACUAUAGUUUAAAUGUCUACAUCUAUAGAAUAUGUCACAGACAGGAAAACAAGUAAACAUUUAUUUUUUUACUCAACAUUUCCCAUUUACAUUUCAAAAUAAAAGUCCUUUAGCAUUUUUUCUGUGGACAAAAUUCCUUCAUUCGUUAACACAAGGCUUUUAUUCUGAAAUAUUUGCAAGACAGUGUUGUGGAAUAUGUAGUGACUUGCACGGCUCCAUAAAUUAAAAGAGUACCGGCUUUUAAUCGUGGAUUAUUUUUACUAUUAUCUACAAUUGAGCACAAGCUUCUUCACCUUUAUCUGUCUAAAAUAAGUAUAAUUUACAUUUCUAAUGUAAUUAAAUGGCCAUUGUGAAAGGCAAACUCUAUGUAGAAAGAAAGGGCUGACAGCAGCAACGCAGCAGCAACAACACUGUCGGUGUGGACAUCACACGCGUGAGAGACGCGUUAAGGGAGCUAGCCGUCACACGCUGCUCACGUGUCCUGCGUGGCCAGCGUGUAGACCAAUGGGCUAUACAGUUUUUUACUUUUUUAAUUUGUUUGUCCCGUUUUUUAGUUUCUCCCAUAAGUGCAGAGUGAGAUCUGCAGAAUCACUGUUUUGUAAGAGUUAAAGGGGACAUAUCAUGCUCAUUUCCAGGUUGAUACUUGUAUUUAAUGUAUAACUGCAAAUGUUUCUGGAGUUUUGACCUCUUCAGGGUUUCCCUUCAGGUUGAGCAGAGGAGGUAUGCUGCCCAGAUCCUGAUGCAUCCCGUCUCAUCAUCAUUUUAGUCUGUAGAUGACGAUCUUAACAACACAAUGUGUGAAGUUAAUGUUAUAUAACAUAAAAGAAUAUUUCAUCAAACAUGCUCGCUUAAAUAAAAAAAAGCAACAUAUAAAGAAAA